CAACAACUCCCAUUCAGAAUCGUACCAAAUGGCCCCUUAUCUGGAUACCGUCAAGUCGUUUGCCGAUGUACCUGUGACCGACGCUGGCGUCGACACCGUAGCUUUCUUGGAGGCAUCGGAAGGCUUGGUCGGAUUGUUUGAUCUCUUCGGAAGUGCAGCAUUUGCAGUCGUUCAGAAUGACUUGAAGGGCAACAUCGCCAAAGUCCGUGCUCGAUAUGAGGCCACACCCACGCAGUCUGCGACCCUGGAACAACUAGUUGAGAACGAGAAGGGAGAGAAGAAGCGCGUCGCAACGGAAGGUCUCAUGUGGUUGCUCCGGGGCCUCGCCUUUACUUGCCAGGCACUGCUCAUCGUGCAGGCUGAUGCUAGCAAAGAGCUCGCCGACGCCUUCAACGAGUCGUACAAGGGCACUUUGUCCAAGUUCCACAACUUCAUCGUCAAGGGGGUCUUCUCGGUGGCAAUGAAAGCUUGCCCCUAUAAGAAAGACUUCUUCACCAAACUCGCUGCCGACCCCGCCGGUGGUCCACCUGUAGAACAGGCAAAGCUCAACGAAGAGCUGAACAAAUGGUUGGCCGCCCUCGAUCAGAUCGUAAAGCGCAUGGAAGCGUUCUACGAGAAAGGCGGACACAACAAGGGAUUCUGAUCACUCACAUAACGACAUUUCACGAAAUCUAGCACUGAAUUCUAAACUGUAUAUCUAGGGUCUCCAGCUGUUCAGAGAAGCAUGUCAUUAACUCGAUGAUUGAUUUGUUGAAACGUGA